CGCACCACGCUUUGCAAGAUGUAAAAAACUCUAUAUACUUUGAAGUAGCAUAAAAAAUAGAGAAUAUUAUUUUUUCAAAUGCGGAAGCUAUCAUCACAGUUUCCUGUUUCUUCCGGGCGACGAACCUGCUUGCACCUUUUCGUCUGAUUGAGUCAUUUGUUAUAAUUUAUCUUGGCUAGUCAAGCCUACUUAAAGAGUCGUGCCACCAUCCCCAUGCCGAUUCGGGUUCCUCUCCGCAACCUCAUACGCCCUUUCUGCUCUACAAGACGAUAUCUUUAUUUCUCAUCAUACAAAACUCCGAAAAUGGGUCUCAAGAUAGUUCCGGGCAGUCUUGACGAUGCUGAACGCAUCGUUGCCAUUGAGAAAGUUGCCUUUUCUGGCACGAGCCCUAUUGGAGCUCUCAUGUACCCAGGCCCAUUUCCUCCUGACGCGGACGAGUCUGGUAGAAUCAACAGCAUGCGAGAAAAGCUCUCGUCUUCACAUGUCCAGGUCGUCAAGAUUGUCGACGAGGAGCUAGAGGCCCAGGGGAAAGAGAGCCGGAUCACCUUCGGUGUCUGGUAUGUCUGGAAGGAUGGCGUGUCCCAGGAUAAUCUGCCCAUUGCAUUGGAUAAGGGGCCAGGUUCUGACCCAGUAGUUUGUGGAGCUUUCUUCGGUGGUAUGAAAAAGGUUCUUUUCGAGAAAUAUGAGGGCAAGCCGCUCUUAUAUCUUUCUCUCCUAGCGACACAUCCCGAUCAUCAGGGACGUGGAGCAGGCCACAUGAUUUUGAAAUGGGGAGAAGAAGAGGCUGCUCGUCUCGGCCUCACAUCCUACUUGGAGGCUACUGCGGCUGGUCGUCCCCUGUACGAGAAGCAUGGUUAUGUUUCGCAAGGUAUAUAUGAAUUCGAUCUGGCCCCGUUUGGAGGCACAGGAGCUGCAUCCAUGACGAUGAUGGAACGCCCUAUCUAAAAAGCUUUGUAUCGCAAAUACUAGCACUUUAGCUUAGUUUCGGUGCGCCGUGUUUAUAGACAAAAUAGAUAACCGGGAGAACUUCCCAUGUAAUAAUCUGACAAACACAAAAUCAACCUUGGCUUAAAUAAUAUGAUCGACAUGGCACGUUUCAUUUGUUCACAUCCUUUAGGCACCAACUUUAAAUCCCCAACUUUAAAUAGGCAUCUAUUUUGUUCUACUGCUAAGGCUGAGUCGUG